AUGGAGGAGACGAAGAACAGUGAGAAGUCAGAUUUUGCAACAAGGACUGGAGGAGGACUGGAGGAGGACUGGAGGAGGACUGGAGGAGGACUGGAGGAGGACUGGAGGAGGACUGGAGGUGGACUGGAGGAGGACUGGAGGAGGACUGGAGGAGGACUGGAGGAGGACUGGAGGAGGACUGGAGGUGGACUGGAGGAGGACUGGAGGUGGACUGGAGGUGGACUGGAGGUGGACUGGAGGUGGACUGGAGGUGGACUGGAGGAGGACUGGAGGAGGACUGGAGGUGGACUGGAGGAGGACUGGAGGAGGACUGGAGGUGGACUGGAGGAGGACUGGAGGUGGACUGGAGGUGGACUGCAGGUGGACUGGAGGAGGACUGGAGGAGGACUGGAGGAGGACUGGAGGAGGACUGGAGGUGGACUGGAGGUGGACUGGAGGUGGACUGGAGGAGGACUGGAGGUGGACUGGAGGUGGACUGGAGGUGGACUGGAGGAGGACUGGAGGUGGACUGGAGGUGGACUGGAGGCGGACUGGAGGCGGACUGGAGGUGGACUGGAGGUGGACUGGAGAGGACUGGAGGUGGACUGGAGGUGGACUGGAGGUGGACUGGAGGAGGACUGGAGGUGGACUGGAGGUGGACUGGAGGCGGACUGGAGGCGGACUGGAGGAGGACUGGAGGUGGACUGGAGGUGGACUGGAGGUAGACUGGAGGUGGACUGGAGGAGGACUGGAGGUGGACUGGAGGUGGACUGGAGGUGGACUGGAGGUGGACUGGAGGUGGACUGGAGGAGGACUGGAGGUGGACUGGAGGUGGACUGGAGGCGGACUGGAGGCGGACUGGAGGUGGACUGGAGGUGGACUGGAGGAGGACUGGAGGCGGACUGGAGGAGGACUGGAGGAGGACUGGAGGUGGACUGGAGGUGGACUGGAGGAGGACUGGAGGAGGACUUGAGGAGGACUGGAGGAGGACUGGAGGAGGACUGGAGGAGGACUGGAGGAGGACUGGAGGAGGACUGGAGGAGGACUGGAGGCGGACUGGAGGAGGACUGGAGGAGGACUGGAGGAGGACUGGAGGCGGACUGGAGGAGGACUGGAGGAGGACUGGAGGAGGACUGGAGGAGGACUGGAGGAGGACUGGAGGUGGACUGGAGGAGGACUGGAGGUGGACUGGAGGAGGACUGGAGGUGGACUGGAGGUGGACUGGAGGUGGACUGGAGGAGGACUGGAGGUGGACUGGAGGUGGACUGGAGGUGGACUGGAGGAGGACUGGAGGAGGACUGGAGGAGGACUGGAGGAGGACUGGAGGAGGACUGGAGGAGGACUGGAGGUGGACUGGAGGUGGACUGGAGGUGGACUGGAGGAGGACUGGAGGAGGACUGGAGGUGGACUGGAGGUGGACUGGAGGAGGACUGGAGGAGGACUGGAGGAGGACUGGAGGAGGACUGGAGGUGGACUGGAGGAGGACUGGAGGUGGACUGGAGGAGGACUGGAGGUGGACUGGAGGUGGACUGGAGGUGGACUGGAGGAGGACUGGAGGUGGACUGGAGGUGGACUGGAGGUGGACUGGAGGUGGACUGGAGGUGGACUGGAGGAGGACUGGAGGUGGACUGGAGGAGGACUGGAGGAGGACUGGAGGAGGACUGGAGGUGGACUGGAGGUGGACUGGAGGUGGACUGGAGGAGGACUGGAGGUGGACUGGAGGUGGACUGGAGGUGGACUGGAGGAGGACUGGAGGAGGACUGGAGGAGGACUGGAGGAGGACUGGAGGAGGACUGGAGGAGGACUGGAGGUGGACUGGAGGUGGACUGGAGGUGGACUGGAGGAGGACUGGAGGAGGACUGGAGGAGGACUGGAGGUGGACUGGAGGUGGACUGGAGGAGGACUGGAGGAGGACUGGAGGAGGACUGGAGGAGGACUGGAGGUGGACUGGAGGAGGACUGGAGGUGGACUGGAGGAGGACUGGAGGUGGACUGGAGGUGGACUGGAGGUGGACUGGAGGAGGACUGGAGGUGGACUGGAGGUGGACUGGAGGUGGACUGGAGGUGGACUGGAGGUGGACUGGAGGUGGACUGGAGGAGGACUGGAGGUGGACUGGAGGUGGACUGGAGGUGGACUGGAGGAGGACUGGAGGUGGACUGGAGGUGGACUGGAGGCGGACUGGAGGCGGACUGGAGGUGGACUGGAGGUGGACUGGAGGAGGACUGGAGGUGGACUGGAGGUGGACUGGAGGUGGACUGGAGGAGGACUGGAGGUGGACUGGAGGUGGACUGGAGGCGGACUGGAGGCGGACUGGAGGAGGACUGGAGGUGGACUGGAGGUGGACUGGAGGUAGACUGGAGGUGGAUUGGAGGAGGACUGGAGGUGGACUGGAGGUGGACUGGAGGUGGACUGGAGGUGGACUGGAGGUGGACUGGAGGAGGACUGGAGGUGGACUGGAGGUGGACUGGAGGCGGACUGGAGGCGGACUGGAGGCGGACUGGAGGUGGACUGGAGGAGGACUGGAGGAGGACUGGAGGAGGACUGGAGGAGGACUGGAGGAGGACUGGAGGCGGACUGGAGGAGGACUGGAGGAGGACUGGAGGAGGACUGGAGGAGGACUGGAGGCGGACUGGAGGAGGACUGGAGGCGGACUGGAGGAGGAGGACUGGAGGAGGACUGGAGGAGGACUGGAGGUGGACUGGAGGUGGACUGGAGGUGGACUGGUGGACUGGAGGGGACUGGAGGUGGACUGGAGGAGGACUGGAGGAGGACUGGAGGCGGACUGGAGGAGGACUGGAGGAGGACUGGAGGAGGACUGGAGGCGGACUGGAGGAGGACUGGAGGAGGACUGGAGGUGGACUGGAGGUGGACUGGAGGAGGACUGGAGGAGGACUGGAGGAGGACUGGAGGAGGACUGGAGGUGGACUGGAGGAGGACUGGAGGUGGACUGGAGGAGGACUGGAGGUGGACUGGAGGUGGACUGGAGGUGGACUGGAGGAGGACUGGAGGUGGACUGGAGGUGGACUGGAGGUGGACUGGAGGUGGACUGGAGGUGGACUGGAGGUGGACUGGAGGAGGACUGGAGGUGGACUGGAGGUGGACUGGAGGUGGACUGGAGGAGGACUGGAGGUGGACUGGAGGUGGACUGGAGGCGGACUGGAGGCGGACUGGAGGUGGACUGGAGGUGGACUGGAGGAGGACUGGAGGUGGACUGGAGGUGGACUGGAGGUGGACUGGAGGAGGACUGGAGGUGGACUGGAGGUGGACUGGAGGCGGACUGGAGGCGGACUGGAGGAGGACUGGAGGUGGACUGGAGGUGGACUGGAGGUAGACUGGAGGUGGACUGGAGGAGGACUGGAGGUGGACUGGAGGUGGACUGGAGGUGGACUGGAGGUGGACUGGAGGUGGACUGGAGGAGGACUGGAGGUGGACUGUAGGUGGACUGGAGGCGGACUGGAGGCGGACUGGAGGUGGACUGGAGGUGGACUGGAGGAGGACUGGAGGAGGACUGGAGGAGGACUGGAGGAGGACUGGAGGCGGACUGGAGGAGGACUGGAGGAGGACUGGAGGAGGACUGGAGGAGGACUGGAGGAGGACUGGAGGAGGACUGGAGGAGGACUGGAGGCGGACUGGAGGAGGACUGGAGGAGGACUGGAGGAGGACUGGAGGAGGACUGGAGGUGGACUGGAGGUGGACUGGAGGUGGACUGGAGGUGGACUGGAGGAGGACUGGAGGUGGACUGGAGGAGGACUGGAGGAGGACUGGAGGCGGACUGGAGGUAGACUGGAGGUGGACUGGAGGAGGACUGGAGGUGGACUGGAGGAGGACUGGAGGUGGACUGGAGGUGGACUGGAGGCGGACUGGAGGCGGACUGGAGGUGGACUGGAGGAGGACUGGAGGUGGACUGGAGGAGGACUGGAGGAGGACUGGAGGCGGACUGGAGGAGGACUGGAGGAGGACUGGAGGAGGACUGGAGGCGGACUGGAGGAGGACUGGAGGAGGACUGGAGGAGGACUGGAGGAGGACUGGAGGUGGACUGGAGGUGGACUGGAGGUGGACUGGAGGUGGACUGGAGGAGGACUGGAGGUGGACUGGAGGAGGACUGGAGGAGGACUGGAGGUGGACUGGAGGAGGACUGGAGGUGGACUGGAGGAGGACUGGAGGUGGACUGGAGGUGGACUGGAGGAGGACUGGAGGAGGACUGGAGGAGGACUGGAGGUGGACUGGAGGUGGACUGGAGGUGGACUGGAGGAGGACUGGAGGUGGACUGGAGGUGGACUGGAGGAGGACUGGAGGAGGACUGGAGGAGGACUGGAGGAGGACUGGAGGAGGACUGGAGGUGGACUGGAGGUGGACUGGAGGUGGACUGGAGGAGGACUGGAGGUGGACUGGAGGAGGACUGGAGGUGGACUGGAGGAGGACUGGAGGUGGACUGGAGGAGGACUGGAGGGCUCCAGCCAGAGUGAAGUGUGUGUUCCUCAUUGA